AAUCACAUCUCAACCCUCGCGGCCAGAACCCAGCACGUACACGAGCCUCGCGUUGAUACUUCGUCUUGCAGCACGACAAACUCCGAUCAUGGAGCCGAAGAUAUUUAUUGCUGUGGUCCUCAUAUUAUCAGUGGCUACGACCUGCGCCGACGCCCGUGAGAGACGCGGCAAGGUGUGGGUGAGGCGGGCGAGACAAGUACAGCCUGGGUCGUCUGUGGUAGAGCAGGCGGUCGUCACGAAUGUCUUGCGUAAUCCAAACACUGCAGCUGAGUCUGCGCCUGUCGCUGCUACUCGCCAGGCCCCGCAGUACCAACAGCAGGGGCAGCAGCAAUACCAGCAAAUUGGGCAGCAACAAGUCGGACAGCAACAACAACCAUACAUUCAGCCGCAAGGAGCACAGCAACAACUGCCCACAGUGCCGCAGCAACAGUACCCACAGCCGCAGUACCCACAGCCGCAGAACACACAGCCUCAGUACCCGCAACCUCAGUAUCCACAACCACAAGUGGUACAGCCACAGCAGCCGUACCCUCAGCCUCAGGUGGUACAGCCACAACAACAGUACCCUCAGCCUCAGGUGGCACAGCCACAACAACAGUACCCCCAGCCGCAGGUGGCACAGCCACAACAACAGUACCCCCAGCCGCAGGUGGCACAGCCACAACAGCCGGUAGUGCAGCAGCCACAACCGUACCCCCAGCAACCAACACUACCAUCUUACCUGCAACCCAACGCCAUCGUGAAUCAAGUCACCCAGAACGCACCCUCGUACUCGCAGCUUGUGGCGGUGAAGACCUACGGCUCGGUCCUUGAAUCGAAACUUCCGUCCAAUGCUUCGCGGAUUCGACCUAAUCUUCUAGACGGGUUUUCCUGCGCAGGAAGAAUCUAUGGAUAUUAUGCCGACGUUCUGAAUGACUGCCAAGUCUUUCACGUUUGCUAUCCACUGAAGUCCGUCUUCAACAAUCAUCCGGAUGUCCCUGACAUAACUUAUGACUUCAGUUUCAUUUGCAACGAUUUUUUGGCUUUUGACCAACUAUCCUUAACUUGCGGCUGGGCCACGGAGGUCAUCCCAUGCGAAAACGCCCAAGAAUUGUAUGAUGUAACCAACCAGAAGUUCUUCAAGAUCCCUCCUCCUGAACCGCAGGGUCAGGGAGGAUAUGUUGUUCCCGGCGGUACACCACCUUUUUAUCCAGGGGUUCCUCCGCAAAUCGGUACUCCGGUGACAGGAGCGGUUGCGCCCGGUACAUUCCAAGGCUGAUUUCCAGGAAGCUAUGCUAAAAACUUGUAUCUCUCCCAGGCACUAUAAAUUAAUCAUAUUUAGCCGAAAAAAUGAGUUGAUCACCGCUUAAUAAGCUUUUGACGUGCGCCUUGCCUGAAAUCGAAACUCAUUCGUACAGUCUUAGCUACAUAUGAAUUGCUUGCCUACACAAUAACAGGAAAUUCGCGAACUUGAAUGAUAUGAGCUGACAGUUUUUGAUACAUACAACAGAUAUUUAAUACUAUAGGGAAAAAUUUCAUAAUUUAUUAUGUACUUGAAUAAUCUACUCGCAAUCGGGGAUGAAAAUACAAUUCAAGUUUGGAACAAAUGUUGCCGUUUAGACUUGCCAGUGGGCGGAAAGUACAAAUAGGAUUCAGGAUUUGCAUUCCAGUGUAUGAGAUGCUCAUUAAAAAGUAUGUUAUUUCGAUGCUAGCAUGUAGGAGUUGCUUCCUGAAGUUAAUUUCAAGUACUAAAAUGGUCUUCUUAUUUUAAUAUGAAGAUAAAUCUCGAACAAACCUCAGUAGCUGCAAGAUAUAAUGAUGUAAGAUCAUUCGCCAUUUUUAUUUUGGGCAUUAUUACCAUACGUACUUUAAGGGAUAUUGUAUUAAGCAUUGAGGCGUUUUUCAUUGUUCUUAUUAUUAUGUUACAAUCUAAUAAUGACCAUAUUGUUAUGAUUUUAUUUACUAUUGCUCCGGCCGGUACAGACAUACUGAAACGGCAGCAUAAGGGAUUUUAAACUGUUAAUUCUUAUCCAAUCAGCCAAAUGCAUGAAUGUGGUAGGAAUGAACCUCUUUACGUAACUCAUUGUCUAAAUUAUGUUAUUUUAAAUUUACAAAGUUCUUGUUUGUUCAUUUUAUUUUUAAUGAACCAUUGGCUUCAUACUUUCUUAAUUUUUUUUACUGCCGAAUGUGGUUCCGCCUGACAAAUGGUAAAUCGAUUGCUUGCUUGGAUUGCCGAAAUUGAUCGAAUGAUCAUGCUUUGCUGCACUUUCAUUUAAUUGAUAAUAAAAUGAAAUUACGUA